UGUAUAUGGAAAGUAUUGAGAGUCCACAAGUUCGUCAGUUGCACAGCUGAUAUCAGAGUGACGUCAGUAAAACAAAGCCAUGCGCGGUCGAUCGCAGCCGCGAAGUAAACCGAACAGACCGAGGUGUAUUACGAGCAAACAUUGAGCGUCCGUGAUACAGUGAAGUGUGUUCCGUAAUAUUUUUUAGCAUUAGUCGAAGAAUCGUUCGCAGUUUGCAUACACAAGUAGAACAACGGUUUUGGUGUGAUUAUCUUACGGACGAUGCCGUUCAUAUCAAAGGAUUGGCGCAGUCCUGGUGAAGAAUGGGUGAAAACCGUCGAAGGUUGGGAAAAGAAAAAAAUCCUCGAGUGCGCCAACAAUAAAACACUUUCUCUCUUGCUUCGCGGCGAUAAAGAUGCACUUGACAAAAAAGAGAAGGAUAAAAAGAAAGAAAACACCGUCCAACCGCAUUGCCGCAUCACGCUGAAAUGCACCCGCGAGAUCGCUGGUUUCAACGGUUUAAGCGAUGCUCUGAAACGGCUGGACUUUUUAUCCGCGGUACAUGAUUGCCGGCGAUUCAAUUACAUCGUGCGACUGUUGGAUCUUUUGGUCAGUCACAGAAUGGGUGGUCUUAGCGGAUGUGCUCAACGAGUUCUCUUUAAUAUGCUGGAAGAAGUUGCUUUGGAAGUAUCAUUAUCACAGCAACAAACUGGAAAACUUCGCCGAUUGAUUGAAAGAGUACGAGCUUUCAGCGCUAGUUGUUGUUGGGGUGGCAGACCUUUGGGUUCUGUAGUCUUAUGGGAGAAACAUAAAGCUGCUCUAGAGAGAAUAUUACAAAUUGCUUCGUCCAUCACUAUAACACAGCCGGAUGAGAAACAGCAACCGCAAUGGUCAGAUUUACCCGCAGAAUGCCGUCGAGAAGUUCUCCUUCGAUUAAGUGAUCCACGAGAUAUUGAAGCAUCUUCAGAGGCUUGCGAACAUCUAGCUAUUCUUGCGCAAGAACAAAGAAUCUGGCGGGAACUUGCUCAGUACCAUUUCACGCCCCAGCAAAUAGCUUCUACAAGACAACAUAAUCCGGGAAAAGAUUGGAAAACUAUAUUUACUAUUGCACGAAGAUCAUUUGGUUUGCGAGAAGAAUAUGCAGAGAUAAUUCAAUUAUGCCGCAAUUGCCGUUGCUUAUUUUGGCGAUCACUCGGGCAUCCCUGUAUCGCUGAUCAGGAUCCAGCCUUUCAAGAAAAAUUGGCAGAUGUUGAUAGAGCGUCUCUUCACGUUCCGAUUCCUCCGCAGACUUUCCUCAAAUUUUUUUCUCUAUGAAACAAACAAAUAGACAGUCAGAGAAGAGGGGAUUUAUGCUUUUACUUUUCUAGCCUUUCUUGACAAAGGAAAUACUAUUUAGAAAAGUAUGCAUAUAAACCAUAAAAAUCUUCGAUAUCCUGCAUUUCCUCUGCCUUGUCUCGUCCUCGAUAAAUGCAUCGAAAAACAUACAAAA